UCAUCCUUCCGUCAUAUUAUUGCCGACGAUUGAUAAUCAAAAUUGCAGAAAAGCCCGAUCUCUCCCAACUCCGUAAACCGCUUAAAUCAUCCGAAAAACAGUCCAUAAAAUGAUACGUUCCAGUGCGUUUAUCAGUCGAUUACCCUUACGUGGAAUUGCGGCAGCUACCCUGAACAGCAAUGGGGCGCUGUUGCAAUCGCCACCCAGCUUAGCAGCAUUGCAAACAACACAGGUCCGCUACCGAUCGACACCGAUCAACACGGUGAUAAUGUUUGUGCCACAGCAAGAGGCUUGGAUUGUUGAGCGGAUGGGUAAAUUCCAUCGCAUCCUUGAACCGGGCCUGAACGUAUUACUGCCCGUCGUUGACCGUGUCAAAUAUGUACAAAGUCUAAAGGAAAUAGCGAUAGACGUGCCGAAGCAAUCGGCCAUCACUUCCGAUAACGUAACGCUCAGUAUCGACGGUGUGCUGUAUCUACGCAUUCUCGACCCAUACCUCGCGUCAUACGGCGUGGAAGAUCCAGAGUUCGCCAUUACCCAGCUCGCCCAAACAACGAUGCGAUCCGAGCUGGGCAAGAUGUCACUCGAUAAAGUAUUCCGAGAGCGAGAGUCACUUAACAUUAGCAUCGUGGAAUCGAUCAAUAAGGCAAGUGAAGCUUGGGGCAUCUCUUGUCUGCGAUACGAGAUCCGUGACAUCAAGCUGCCGAGCCGUGUACAUGAAGCGAUGCAGAUGCAGGUAGAAGCGGAACGACGGAAACGAGCCGCCAUUCUCGAAUCGGAAGGUGUGCGUGCGGCAGAUAUUAACGUUGCGGAGGGUAAGCGACAAUCCCGUAUUCUUGCAUCCGAGGCGCAAAAGCAGGAAGAAAUCAAUCGAGCGAACGGUGAAGCGGCGGCCAUCAUGGCACUAGCAGAUGCACGUGCAAAAAGUCUUAAAAUCGUUGCCCAGUCCCUUUCGAACGAACAUGGCCGCAGUGCGGCUUCGCUUAGUGUGGCAGAGAAGUACGUGGUGGCAUUUGAGAAACUGGCCAAACAAAACAACACUCUCAUCGUUCCGUCGACCGCAUCCGAUGUGACCUCGAUGGUGGCGCAGGCACUGCAGAUCUACAACAAUCUCUCAAAUACCUCAGCCAUUUCCCGAGUAUCCUCCUCUUCGGCGGGUGGGGAUCAGCAGCGCCGGAAUGCGGACGACGUACUGGGGACGCUGAGUGAAACUAGUUCGAAACUUGAUGCCACACUGACACCACUGGACAGCCAUCAUCAGGGGGACAGCAUGGGGGGAUCGUCGUCGAAAUAAAUAAAAAUCGUUACAACCGUAGAAAUCGUAUGCAUUAUUAAACGUCUUAUCGCUGAAGAACACAAUGCAAUGGCACAUUUGCUUACUUAGUGGAAGAAAUAAGGAAUUUGUACUCAUUGAACUUAUUCUGCUGCAAAGUCGAGAAUUAUAAAAGUAGAGCCUAAGGUACAAACCAGUGAUCAUGACUAUUGUUAUUGUAAAUAAAUAUUUUGAUCGCGUGAAGAACCCAUUAAAAUAAACCAAAAUCAUUGCAUGAUGAGCUCAAACUAAUAUUGCGGUACAUAUGUUAUCAUUAUUUGGUGAAGAAUGUAAAAGAUCAAUGCCUCCAAAAAUCAACGAAGCUUCAACUUGAAACUAUGAAAUCCUUAAACGUACGUCAUAUUUACCUUGCCCCACACGAAUCAACUAUUAAAUGUUCUCAAUAUGAUGAAUCAUAUUUAAAUAACGAAUUAGACAGGGGACUACUAUUUGUAAAAAAAAAUAUUUAUUGAAAUGUAAAUAGACGACAUAAUUUAAAUAUUGUAUAUUACUCUCCCAUCUCCUUUUCUGGAAAGUUUGCAAAAUCAGUUAAUACCUGUAAUAUGAAGAAAAAGAAAAAAAAUUAAAACCAGUUCUUUGAUAAAACAUUAAUUGUAUUUUAU